AUGACUGACUACGUCUUUAAGCUAUCAUCUGCCCAAAACAUUCAGAUACAAGCCCAACCACAAACGGUUGUUUUUCUGAAGAAUGAUUUGGUUAUUGUGUGUUCCAUCACUAACCCUACACAACUCAGUUCAGUGUUCUUCAUACAGAUACUGAAGAACUCUAGUACCACAUUUGAUAAAGUAGUGUCAGUAACUACAGGACAAGCAUUACCAGUCCAAUGGAAGGACACCGUCUUACAAAACCGAGCCUCUGUUACUGGGAACAUAAACUCUCCACGAACUGCACAACUGAGAUUGACGAUAGAUAAAAAUAGUGUGCAGUGUCCUACUGACUUUAAGAUGUACUCUUGUAAAAUGUCAGGAAUGAGUACUGCUUCUAACCCUGUCACAGAAGAGACUAGUCCAAUCACUAUAUUUUACAUUGUCCAACCAACCAUAAUUGAACUUCCACGAGUGAGGAUCCUGAAUGAGAUCUAUGAUACACCAAAGAGACAGUUUCCUGUUGGAACUACGAUACAGUUAACCUGCCAUGGAGAGAUUGGGAAUAACGUAAGCAAAACUAUCAGAUGGUGUGCCCGAAAAGAUGGUGAAUUUAGUUUCACAGGAUUGGUUCAGACCCCGAUCCACUCAAAGGCUUCUCCUUCUGGUUGUCAGUACACACGCUCCAGCGUCAUCACAUACAACCUUACCAGUGAAGACAUCUUCACAGAGUUUUUGUGUGAAUCAGGAGAUACCGGUAUGUGUGGGACGGGGACCGCCGUACAAUACGUCAACAUUAGCAGCAGUAAGCUCAAUAUGUUCUUUGUGCAUAUUUUGUGA